UUUAAAAUUUCUCCCACUUUUUGAAUUUUUAAUAAUAAUUAGCGCAAAAAGUGAUGCUUAAUUUUUUUAAAGAGACUGAGAAAAUAUCAAAAGCGCGUAAGGCACUAUUGUUGAAAUAGACAUGAUUUGUAGACUUCAGAGAAGAAGUUUGAUAAUAUAUGCUUCUUUCUUCAUUUUUAUAUUCAUCAUCAUUAUACUUUAUCAAUUGAUAGAACUCAAUAAUAUUGGAUAUCCCUCUCAAAGUCUUUCUCCAAGUUCACUUAGUGCCAUUUCCACAAUAAGAGGAGUACAUGAGCGACUUAUGAUAUUUUACGAGAACAGAAACAAUAAGUUCACAUGUAUAAAGAGUAUGGAAACAAUUGAUUUCAGUCGUAUAAAUGACGAUUAUUGCGAUUGUUUAGAUGGAAGUGAUGAACCUGGGACUAAUGCUUGUUCAAAUGGAAUAUUUUAUUGCAAAAAUCAAAUUGGUCCUAAGUAUUUUCAUAAAUCUUUUCCAUCUAAUAGAGUAAACGAUGGCAUUUGUGAUUGUUGUGAUGGAUCUGAUGAGUACAGCAUAGAUACAAAUUCCUUCCUUGGAACUAAAGUGGAGACACCAUGUUUAUUCCGUUGUUGAGUUGAAGAAUAUUGGCAUCUGAAGCAAAUUUUAAAAAUUCAAAACUUUGGAAGCAUUAUUGUUUAUAAUGAAAUGUUGCAUCAUGAAAUAUUUCCAUGGAUAUAUUAUAAUACAUUUUUUAGAAGCUUAAAAAUCUGUGCAUUUUUACUGGUACUUCAUGGUGAAUAGUGAGAAAAAUUAUAGCAAAUUCGCCAUAGUGUGAAACAUUGAUGAUUUUCUCAUUCUGUAUGAACUUUGAUAAUUUGUGUGUU